AUGGAUGGCGAGAAAAAAGUAGAGCCCUUCCUGCCGCCGAAGCCCGAAGCGUAUCCAAAUGCGUACCCCCCGGGAUGCGUCAGAGGGCCCUACUGCACUUGGGGCCAUUGUGGAUGUUUGAUCGACACUUCGACGCCGGCCUCACUCGAGCGCGACUUUAAUGCGUGGCUUCAUCCUUUUCCAAACAUGUCGCCGUCACCGUCAAGUUCUGGGACCGAUUACUCGUACGAUACGGCUGCUGACUACCCAACCGAUGCGGCGUUUCUAAGGCCAGAAUAUUCCGCCGAGUAUGCCAUAGCUGGCGGUUGCUAUAUGGAAUACAUGCCAGAUUACCCGGGUGUCGGUGAGCCUGAUGUUUUUGCCAAUCAAGAAAUAAAGGAGUUGGCGUACCCAGUCAUUGACCCCGAGGCCGAGUCGAAACGCAAUAACGGAAAUUUUAACGGUGGUACGAAUCUGUACGGCCGACCCUAUUGUCCGGGAAGACCGUUGUCGAUGCUCGAGCGAACAAGGAUUAUCGAACUGCAUCUAGCCGGGAUGAAGGUCAACGCAAUCUCGAAGACGCUGUGCAUCUCACACGGUUGUGUCAGUAAAAUUAUUUCGAGAUACCGAGCCACCGGCAUCUUGUCGCCCGCCUCAUCGCCCGAGCAGCGAAAGGUCAACAAAUAUUUUGAACUCACCCAAUUUAUUACG